AUGUCCCUGAGACCUAUAUCUCCAGGUGGGGCUCUUUUAAGAAGGUCUAAGGUCUUUUCAAUUCCAGCUCCACUACCUCGGAAUACAGAGGCUAAUCCAAAUGGCUUCGCAACAUCAAAUACUGCAACUACACCAUACCCAACUCACCUCUCCAUCGCUACACCCCUAUCAUCGCUCAAGUGUGGAGAUUGGGGUCUCAAACGCUCACUACCUCUCCGGACUACUACACGGACAUCUUCACCGUCUAUUCGCGUGGAAGCUAUUGAUACAGUCGAGCAGGUUACAGGAUUCAGCUCUUCAGCGGACCACGCUAUUACUCUACAAAAAUGGCAAGAACUAAAUCUUCCCCUUAAUACACAACAAAUUCAGUCUUUUGACUUAACUCCUGGAAGGAGAAGUGUUUUUGAAGAAGAAACCCCUAAAAAUUUAUCGAACCCAGAUAUGACCGAUAAUGACGAUUUUCGAUGGAAAUUUAAGGGUCCCUGGCUUGCCGGUAAGAAUGAUGGAGAAUUUGCCGUUUACUUCAAAACGUCAGUGAGAGGCCGUCGGGCUGAAUUCCAAAAACUUUUACGAAACACAUACGUAAAGUCUAAGAUGAUGGAAGCUCGAAACGCCUCUUUCCAGCAAGGUCUCGGUGGUGUAAGCCCAAUAAUCAAAGCCGAAGAGGUCACGGAUGACGAAAUCACGGAAUUUGUUAGAAAGCUCCGUUCCAGGAGAAGGAAUUUAUAUCAAUUGAUACGCCGAUUCCUUGAUCUUCCGCCUUCAAGCAUACGAGAUUCAGAUGAUUCAUUAUAUUCCCUUAUGAAUCGUUAUUUUGGAAGCAAUAGUCCCCAGGAGAGUAUUGAUAUCAAGACUCUAUCUCCUUACGGCAACUCGGGGCCUCCCAAAUCCCAUCCCUCGGCCGGUCUGUCUUAUCUACGGACCUCUGCUUAUACUUUCAAUCAUCAUCUCUUCGGCCCUCAGCAAAGGACUCCCCCUGUACAAUCUCGUGUCAUUCUACCAAAAACUACAGCCACCACGAUGGGACGCUCACCAGUCAUCGGGGUCGCUGGAUUUGUUGCAGGAAUUGCCUCGAGUAUUUACCCCACUAAUAAAUUUAAACCAGGCCUACAGGAAAACAUUCCAACCAUAAACAAUGUUUACAGUCGAUUUCCUGGCCUUCAGGCUUUCGAUCCCACAGCUGAUGGAGGUAGCAAGUCCUGGGUGCAUCCAGUGCAUGCUCAGGUUGAUUCUGACGGCCACAUACAGUUGACGUGGGAAUUAGGUAACCCUGAGGCUGUAGCUAUCAGGACGAAUAAGCUAGACGAAUUGAAGCCAGCUGUGGCUGAAAAGAGUUACUGGAGGCAAGUAAAAAGGCCAGCACGAGCUCAGACAAGGCCAAUCAGUUCAGCGCACGAGUAUGGUCUCUCAAAUAUGAUGAAUUCCAACGUGAAACUUGGAACAAAGGAAUCAUUGAACGAGAUGGAUACUUUGAUUGCAGAUACUAAGGAUUUACGGUAA